GCGAGCAAAAAAAAAAACGAAAAACAAAAAUCAAAUAUUUAUGUGAAUUUCGCGAGAAUUUAUCUUCUCCUUUGGCUACAUACAUACGUAUGUAGAUAAAUAGAUAGAUGGAUUCCAUCGAAUGAAUGUAUAGAUUUGAUUUUGAUGUGUGCUACUACUGCGGCUGCUGCUGUUAAUUAUUUGUUUACAUUUUUUGUUGUUGUUGUUUUGAUUCAAUUACCUCCUACUACUUGCUGUGUAAACGCAACGGUUGGUUAUUUUGAUCUUUUGGAUUCGCGUAGUAGUAAAUCUACAUGCAUGUAUGUAUGUACGUUUAUAGUUAGCGUUAGUUUUGCCGGUUGCGCGCUCGUCGGUCAGGCAGCCCAGUAGCGGUAAUCAUAUCAUAAAACAUCAUAUUCUUUAACGACAUACAAAUAAGAAAAAAAAAUUAAAAAAAAAAUAAACGUGAAGUAAGAAGCAACUGAAGAGGAAGUGCAAAGAAAUACGUAACGAUUCUAACGGCGCCUAAAUUAGAAUUUAUUAACUUUAAUGUGAAUCACCUGGAAACAAUUCAACACAGAAAAAGUAAUAAAAUUCACACAACAAGUGGUUUUCAACACCAAAUUCAAUAUAAACGCACACUUGCCAAGUGGGACAGGCCAUAACGCUAAUUGGUAUGGUUACCCAUCCGCAUGAAAAUUUAAAUAUGGAAACUCAAAGAUCGGGUGGCAAUAACACCGCUACCACGCAAUUCAUCACCCAUAGAAGGGGAUAUACAUUGUCUUGCAGUACUUUACUGCUAUUGGGAGCCUUCUUUAUCUGUACUUUACUUACGGUUUCCUUUGUGGUCUAUAAUUUUGCAACAUGUGAUGAUUUGCUACCCAACGAAGAUGAAGAUAUCGUAUGUACUGCUGUACCCACGAGACACAAAGUCAACGAGCAAAAUGCCACCGAUGCAACGUUACGUACAUACGAACAGGAUGUACGUUUGCCAACGUCAAUUAAACCCCUUAAGUAUAACAUUUCAUUAGAGCCCUAUUUGUACGAGGGUAAUUUCACCUUUAAUGGUGAAAUUCACAUUAACAUUCUAGUCCUGGAGGAUUGUUACAAUGUAACAAUGCAUGCCAUUGAUUUGGAUAUUUCAAAGAAUGAUGUCGCCAUAGUGCCUCUUGUAAGAAAAUCCGAUAAGAAACAUUCUAAUAAUACUAAAGUGGCCAGCAGUGGAGCUGCUGCUGCUGUUGCUAAUGAGGGAGUUGCAGAAUUACGUAUACGCAAACAAUAUCUACUAGAGGCUAAACAAUUUUUUAUUAUUGAAUUGUAUGACAAACUUUUAAAAAAUACCGAAUACGUGAUUAAAAUCAAAUUUAGUGGCUUAAUACAAGACUAUUUACAAGGAUUCUAUCGUAGUUCGUACAAGGUGCAAAAUGAAACAAGAUGGUUGGCAUCUACACAAUUUCAAGCUACAGAUGCACGUCGAGCAUUUCCCUGUUUUGAUGAGCCAGCUUUAAAGGCAAAUUUCACCUUGAAUAUAGCAAGACCAAAGAAUAUGUCAACUGUUUCAAAUAUGCCCAUACUUAGAACUAGAAAACAUGAAACAUUACCAGAUUAUGAGUGGGAUUAUUUUGAUGAAUCUCUGCCCAUGUCAACCUAUUUGGUUGCCUAUAGUAUAUCAGAUUUUAGUAAAUUAUCGAAUGGUAAUUUCUCAGUAUGGGCUAGACAUGAUGCCAUACAAUCUGCCUCUUAUGCCUUAAGUGUUGGUCCAAAAAUAUUGAAAUUCUUAGAGGAAUUUUUUGAUUUGAAAUUUCCUUUGCCAAAAAUGGAUAUGAUUGCAUUGCCAGAUUUUCAAGCAGGAGCCAUGGAAAAUUGGGGUUUAAUAACUUACAGAGAAACUACCAUGCUGUUUGAAGAAGGCGUUUCGGCUUCAACUUAUAAACAGCGUGUAGCUUCGGUGGUGGGUCAUGAAUUGGCUCAUCAAUGGUUUGGUAAUUUGGUAACACCUAGUUGGUGGUCUGAUAUAUGGUUGAAUGAGGGUUUUGCCAGUUAUAUGGAAUAUUUAACUGUUGAUGCUAUAGAACCUGAAUGGAGAACUAUGGAUCAAUUUGUAGUUAAUGAAUUGCAAAAUGUUUUCCAACUAGAUGCCUUAUCAACUUCACACAAAAUAUCUGUAGAGGUUGGUAAUCCAGAGGAGAUAACAGAAAUAUUUGAUCGUAUAUCCUAUGGCAAAGGAUCUACUAUUAUAAGAAUGAUGAGUCACUUUUUAACCUCCAACGUAUUUAGAAGAGGUUUAAAUCGUUAUUUAAAGGAUAUGGCCUAUAGUUCUGCGGAACAAGAUGAUUUAUGGCAUUCUUUAACUUUAGAAGCUAAACUUGAGGGUCUUUUAGAUCGUGAUACAACCGUCAAGGAUAUUAUGGACACCUGGACUUUGCAGGUUGGUUUUCCUGUAGUACACAUUUCUAAACAUCCCAAUACGAAUGUUAUACGUUUGGAGCAACAACGUUUUGUUUAUGAAAGUUCUAAAAAUCUCAAUAAUGAAACAGAAGAAGAGGAUCCUUUGUGGUGGAUACCAAUCACUUAUACCACCUCAGAAGAAUUAGAUUUUGAAAACACUAGACCCUUAACCUGGAUACCCAGAUCGAAAAUUUAUGAAAUUGAAAGUCGCAACUUGACAACAGCUGAUUGGUUUAUUUUCAAUAUACAGCAGAGUGGUUAUUAUCGUAUUAAUUAUGAAUUAUCCAAUUGGCAAACGAUUACAAGUCAUUUGAUGAAUUCGCAAACAUUUAAACAAAUUGCUCCCUCUAAUAGGGCUCAAUUGAUAGAUGAUGCCAUGAAUUUGGCCCGAGGUGGUUACUUAAGCUAUGAAAUAGCUUUAAAUCUUACACGUUACUUAAUAAACGAAGAUGAUCAUGCGCCUUGGAAGGCAGCCGUAAAUGCUUUUCAAUUUAUUGAUUCCAUGUUUGUUAGUCAGGGUGACUAUGAUUUGUUUAAGAACUAUUUAUUAAAACUGGUAGACAGAGUUUAUAACGAAUUGGGUUUCCGAGAUUCAAAAGAUGAAAAUAAUAUGUUGGAGCAUUUUAAACGUGUGGAAAUUUUAAAUAUGGCCUGUCAUUUGGGACAUCAGGGUUGCAUAUCGGAUAGUGUGAGACAUUUUCAGAAUUGGGUACAAGUUCCUAAUCCAGAUGCCAAUAAUCCCAUUUCCCCAAAUCUACGCGGUAUUGUUUACUGUGCAGCUGUUCAGUAUGGCACUGAAGCUGAAUGGGAGUUUGCAUUUGAAAGAUAUUUGAAAACAAGUGUUUCGACUGAAAAGGAAAUUAUAUUAACCGCCCUGGGCUGUUCUAAAGAACCCUGGAUAUUAUCCAGAUAUCUACGUUAUUCGAUAAGUGGUGAUAUGGGCAUAAGAAAACAAGAUGUUUAUCGGGUGUUUGCAGCCGUAUCAUCAAAUGUUGUAGGACAGAAAAUGGCUUUCGAUUUUAUACGCAACAAUUGGGAGGACAUAAAAACUUAUUUGGGUUCCUCUAUGUCUAAUUUUAAUACAAUUUUGAAAUUCGCCACAAAACGUAUUAAUUCGAAAUAUCAUUUAAAUGAACUGGAAGCAUUUGUUACGAAAGAGUUAAAGGAUAACAGCCGUUUAUCUCAACAAAUUGUCGAACACGUCCAAGUUAAUGUCAAUUGGAUGAACAAAAAUUAUCAAACAAUAUUAGAGUGGUUGCGAAAGGAAUCAAAACGUUAUUUAUAAGUUAAUUUAUAUUAGCUCAACAGUCCAAAGUUUUUAUUUUCUUUUAUAAUACAAAUAAUUUUAAGUAUUAAUAUUUAAUUUUCGUAAUUUUAAUAUUUUAAGAAAAUUUUUAUUAAGGCUUCAUUAUGUGACCCAAGAUGAUUAAGCCUUGUAUCAAAAAAAAAAAAAAAAAAAAAUACAGUCCAAAGGAAUUUUA